AUGGAUCCCACAGAAGCGGAAUUGCAAGCCAUCCAGACCUUGGCGCACGCUCUGGCAUGGGCUGGAGUGGCUGAUGAUUUGGAGGCCACUCUACGCGAAGCCCUGGGACAACCAGACCGACUGAGGGAAAUCGCACUCAUCCCGAGGGCAGCUUGGGAUACCGCUGUGGCAGCUCUGACCGUCCCUUCCGGCCCGGCACCAGCUGGAGGCGGUCCUCAGCCCACACGCAAUCUAAGCCUAGUCGAGGGCGCCCGAGUGGAAUCCUUCCGUAGGGUCUGCCUCAUCAGAAUGGGCCAGAACCCAGGACUUGACCACGCGGCAAUGGCUCCCGCUGUCCCCGGGCCAGUUGCGCCUCCUGGUCAGCCAAUUGGUGGAGGCUCACGGAAGCUAAAGCUCUCAGCCAUCCUCGACCCUACCUUGGAUGCAGAAGUGCAGCCUCUCCAGCAGGCCGAGCUCCAGACCAUGUACAACGACUACAAGACGAAGUUCGGCGACUUCCCUGGCCCUGACGUGGACCCCUCCCACGACCAAUUGGCGGCCUUGAAGCAAGUCCUCGCCAGCGGUAGCCCACCGUUCGCCGACUUCAGUGUUUUCGGCCCCUACGGACUCAGGCUCCUGCGCAAACAGUCCUUCACGAGCUAUGUCCUCAACGUGGCCACCGGUGAAUGGACCAAGAGGGAGCAGCCAGGCCCAGGCACGUUCCACUCGUGGUACCAGGCCUGGAAGGUGCUCAGGACAGCUCUCCUCUUGCUCGAUGCGGUGGACGCAGAGAGGCUUGACGCCUACUCGGAGCACAUCAGGGCCUUUGUGACUCAGUUCUCGGACGAGGCCUGGUGGAUCGUGUACCGUGCUGACACCAGAAUGAGGUCGGAGCAUCUGGAACGCAUCCGCCGCCAACUUGCUGAAGCCCCGGCGCAUGGGUACACCGCGGACCGUCCGUGGAACGCAGCCUUCGCUGCAGCAACCAAGGAGCAGGACUUCUGGACCAAAGAGCUCGUCACCCCAGCCACCUUGUGGUUGUCACAGAACAGGUCGGGAACCUCACGUUCAAGUGGUGGAGAUGGCUCGCAUCAAGAAGGACCUCCUCUCAAGAAGCAGAAGGCCGCCCGAGCAAAGAGACGCUAUGAAGGAGACGACCUCUCAAAGAAGGACGGAGAUAUCUACACCCACAACAGAAAGGGGGUGGAAAUCUGCCGAGAUUGGAACAAAGGCAAGUGCGGCAAGCCCGCGGCCCAGAGCAAAUGCGACCGCAAGAGAUCCCAUCAGUGCAAUUUGUGCUUGGGACCGCAUCAGGCCUCCGCAUGCCCUGGGCCCAAGGCAAGCUGA